AUGGAAAAUACAACGAGACAGAGAGAGUACAAUGUUAACGAGAUGGAAAAUGCAAUGAAACAGAGAGAGGAACCAACUAGCCAUGGCAGAAGGCACCAACAUGCAAGACAAAACAUACCUCCGCACCCCAAAAAGACUCGGAGAAUAUCCGAAUUGUAUUGUGAUGAUGCCACACGAGGGCAAUGUACACAACCUGGUGGGCUAGGCCGCCAUAAUGAUAUUCCAGUGACAGGAAGAAUUAGAAGACAUGAUAAUGCUGGGGGCACAAGCAUACCACCUUCACCCGAAAGAGAUGAAAUGACUUUGGUAGACUCAAAAAAAUUGAUUGAUGAGGUGGAAAGGAUUCUUGCUGAAAGUAGUCCUUCAAAUUCUUCGGAGCUUGAGAGGGCCAAGAAUUUGUUCAUCCUCAUGAUCAACGUGAAACGCGAAUUCGACUCUGACGGCGAUAGCAGCAGGACUGACAAACGAAAUUCCGAACUCCACCCUGUUAACGACGACGCUGAUUACCAAACUCCUAAACGCCGUCGAGGUAUUCGUUCUCGGUACCUUGCCGUCAAGAACAUGAUUGAAGAUGAAAGGGAAGAAAUUGCGAGGCCUGACUCUGACAAAUUCAACUUGAUUUUUGAUGAAAUGGCGAGCUUACAUCAGCAAGGCGCCAUUCUAGUAGACGAUUUCCAACUCUAUAGUCAUGCACCUCUGCAACGCUACAGGACAACAUGGUGUGCCAACAUGUAUGGGGACUUCCUUGUCAACCCAAUGUUUGCUCAUUGGGAUAUCCUAAUUACAAAACCAAGAGAACAAGUAGCUGAUGCAAAGGCCCUUUUGGAAAUAACGAAAUCCUUGGUAAUGUCUGUGAGAACUACUGCCAAUGGGGGAAUAACUCCAUCAGACUUUGUUACCCACAUUCUUAAAAAAUUCGGGGGACAAGUUGGACCAAGUAAUAGCACAGAAGAUUGCAGCAGAAACUCAGUAGCUUGGAAUGAUAUUGGAGUUGCAGCGUCACAUGUUUUUAGAGCUGGUUAUGGGUGCUGUACAAUGAUGGGCCCAAUGGAUGCUAAAAUAAAGCAGAGGAAGGUCAUUAAUCGUCGAAAGCGUGUGACACCCACUGAAUUGGCGCGGCCUGAGGAGCUAUGUGGAGGUUCAGGGGAAGAGAGAACUGAGACUGAUAAACAUAUGUUAACUAUGUUUAACAUCUUAAGGGUUAAUAAAGUUGUCAAGCUUGAAAAUCUGGUUUUGAAUCGGAACUCAUUUGGACAGACAGUGGAGAACUUAUUUGCUUUAUCUUUUUUAGUCCGAGAUGGUCGAGCUGAAAUAAAAGUUAACGAGGCUGGAUGGCAGCUAGUUGCGCCAAGGAAUGCUCCAGCUUCAAAUUCAGUUCGUUCUGGGGAUGUUGCUUUCAGCCAUUUUGUAUUCCGAUUUGACUUCAAUGAUUGGAAGUUGAUGGUUCGCACUGUUGAGGUUGGAGAGGAGCUGAUGCCUCAUAGGAACAAGUCAAGUUAG